GCAAGCGGCGGCGUACAGGCUACUAGCUCUCCUUCCGCCGCUGCCGUUGCCGCCGCAGCAAACUCAAUGGCGGAAAGCAAGAGCAAAAUUCUAAUAAUCGGAGUCACUGGCAACCUCGGAUUCGAGCUCGCGAAGGCCAGCUUAAACGCAUCCCAUCCAACACUCGGCCUUAUCCGAGAUUCCGCAUUUUCCGAUCCCAACAAACUCCACAAAAUUCAGCUGCUCUCCGAUUCAGGCCUCAAAAUAGUUAAAGGCUCGUUACACGAUGAGGAGAUCCUAAUUGAAGCCCUAAAACAAGUUGAAGUCGUCAUCUGCGCCGUCGCAUCCAAGCAAGUUCAUGAUCAGAAGCCUCUGAUUUCGGCCAUCAAACGCGUCGGUUGCAUCAAGAGGUUCAUUCCAUCAGAAUUUGGAUCAGAUCCUGACAGAACUAGAGUUUCCCAUCUCGAUCACAAUUUCUAUUCAAGGAAAUCUGAGAUUAGGCGUCUCGUUGAAUCCCAAGGCAUUCCUUACACUUACAUAUGUUGCAACUUCUACACGAGCUACUUGCUUCCGUCCCUCGUCCAGCCUGGCCGCCAAGCCCCACCACAAGACAAUGUCACCAUCUUUGGAGAUGGAAAUGCUAGAGGCGUCUUUAUGAAGGAAAGUGACGUAGCUGCAUUCACGAUAAGCACCAUGGAUGAUCCACGCACACUGAAUAAAACCCUGUAUCUAAGACCACCUGGGAAUACAGUCUCCAUGAAUGAACUGGUUACUAUUUGGGAGGAAAAAAUAGGGAAAAAACUUGAGAGAAAUUAUAUUUCAGAGGAAGAGCUUCUUAAAAGAAUUCAAGACACUCCAUAUCCAGAAAACAUGCAGAUGGUCUUCAUAUACUCGGUGUUUGUGAAGGGCGACCAGACUUACUACGACAUAAACGCAUCAAACGGUGUGGAGGGAACUCAGUUGUAUCCACAUAUCAAAUAUACUACAGUAAGCCAGUUUUUAGACAAGCUGUUGUAGUUUAUAAGGUUGUGUUUUUGCUACUUUGAUAUCUGAGGAGUUGUAUUUUUUCCCUCUUAUUUCAUGCGCCAUGAGUUGUUGGCUGUGAUUAAAUGUUGAGUUCUGAUUCAUAAAUCAGAGAUUUGGUAGAAAAUUAGAUUUUGGGUUUAAAGUUUGCAUAGGACGAUUUUUGUUUCAGUAAUGAAACAGAAGAAAUAUAGGACUCUUAUACCGCGUAUCA